AUGGAGACGGAGAUCCUGCACCGGCCCGCGAGUCAAAAAGAAAAACAGGAGACCCCGAGUUUGGGGGCUAACCCUCGGGGUCCUGGGCUCCCACUGCUGCCCUACCGGCCAGGGAUCCCGGUCUCUGCGAGGCGCAUGGCUGGGAGCCCGCAGGGACCUGUGCUGCGGGCUGCAGCUGAGUUAGCUUCAGUAACUCGGGAAAGCUCUCUCUCUGUAAGCACCGUGUCUUGUGUGGAUGAACCCAGCCCGCGUGAUGCGAUCUCUCGCCUCACCGUUCGAGUGGAAAACACCUACCAGCUGGGUCCUACCAAACAUUUUCCUGUGGUCACUGUCAGUCAUAUUUUGAAAGACGUGUUAACAAGCUACCUACAAGAAGAAAAGUAUGAGCCAGAGUUCUGCAGACAGAUGACUAAAACAGUUUCUGAGGUUAUCAAAGCCCGGGUCAAGGAAUUAAUGAUUUCACGGUAUAAACUAAUUGUGGUCACUCACAUCGGGCAGCUGAAGGAUCAGAGCUUGUUUAUCGGAAGCAGAUGCCUCUGGGAUCCUACAAGUGAUACUGUUUCAUCCUAUACUUUCAGAAAUUCUUCUCUCUUUGCUCUCGCCAAUGUCUAUGCAAUUUACUCUGAGUGA